AUGGAUAAAAAAGAUAAAAAAAGUACCACAAGCCAUGAGGAGGGCAAUGCCGAUCCCUCAGAAAAAGAAAAACACGAACAGCAGCCCAGACCAGAUAGCGAGGAACAAGACAAUAUAGACUUGAACCUUAUCGAACUUACCUCAGAGAAGGAAAGUAACUCUGCAAGAUUCCCACCUCAAAGGGAAAGGGCAAGAUCCCUAGAUACCCAGAGAGCAGAAAGUGAAACUAUUGAACAGGAAGAGGAAGAAAGCCGGGAAGGCAAAAGAAAACAGAGAGACAGUCUUGAAAGAGAUUUGAAAAGAUCAAAAGAAGAAAACCAAACAGAAGGCGGGAACAGUAGUAGAACGGAAAGAAGGCUGUCGUUGGAACAUGAGUUGACAGCAGCGGAAAGGCUCAAAAGCGGAGGAAAAAGGAAAACAACAAAGGGCAUAAUAGAAGAAAUUGCAAAAAAGAUAGAUGCGAUGGUAGGGCUAAUACAGCAGAAUACUGCCGUGCCCUUAAAAAACAGUAUAAGGGAGAUGCAAGGUAGAAUAAGGGUCUUGCGGAAGGUUUUUGAGAAGGAGGAAAGAGAGAGGAAGGCUAAAAUGGAAUCCCUACAUAAACAGAUAGAUAAAAUACAAAGCGACAUAGAACUCAGAGUGGAGGAGGGGAAAAAAAUGGCUGAAAGAAACAAAGUGACACUCUACACACUGGAAAAAAACAUAGAGAAAUAUGAGGAAUGCGAGACAAUAAAAGAAAUGAAUGAAAUAAAAGAAUGGACAAUGAAAGCUACAAAAACACUGUGA